AUGGUUCUGGCAAGGCAGUUGGCAGAGCGCCUUGGUAUCGAGCAUAGACCCUGGCAUACGGAGCUCAUCACAGGCCAAGUGCGAGAGGCCGUUCAGAUGGCGGAUCUGGACGAUAGGACGGUUCGUUUGAAGAGCGGGCGAAUUGCGGCUGAAGACGAGGUGAACGACAAGGUCCUUGAUAAACUGGUGAGUGAACUGGUGAUCUAUAGGGCGACGGUCCUCGAGGAGGUGAAGAAGUCAAUGAACCCAGAUCGAGCCAAAGAGGCCUUUCCGCAGAUGGUCAUGAAGGAGCUGACAAGGAAAUUGGAGCAGAGUGCACCGCCUGUCCGGAGGGCGCCCCGAUGGCUGGGGUGCUUCGUGGCUCCAAUGGAGACGCUGGUGAUCGAUGCGGCAACGCCUCUUGAGGUGAGGGUGUGUGCAUGGUUUAAGCUCAUCAAGCUGUGGGGUUCCUUGAGGUUCGACGAUGCAGCGCAUCUGAAGACUACGGAACUCCGCUUUUAUGAUGGACAGUUGGUUGGGAUGAUGCAUCAAACCAAGACAACUGGUGCCGGCAAGCGGGUCCGAGAGCUGCCGAUUUUCAUUGCGAAGGACGCCUAUGUGUUGCAUGAUGAUUGGCUGGCAGUGGGCUAUGACCUGGUGAAGCUGAAGAUGCCAAGGGAGCGGGUGUUCGUGUUUCCUGAAGGGUGCUUUUAUGGCACGGCAUAUGGGACAGCGCCUGUCUCGUAUGCUGAGGCAGUGGCUGGGAGCUCAAGGACGUUCGCGCUGCUGGAGGGCUAUGAUGGUGGGUUGAUCCCAUCCGGAUGGGAGGGGUUUUGGUCAGAGCACAGUGAGCGCGCAACAAUGCCCAGCGGUCUGGCCGCACUGGGCGUAGAGAAGUCAGACCUGCUGGGUCGUUGGUGUCCGGAAGGCUCGGACGUUUACGUCCGGACAUACAACACGAUAGUCAGGAAGAUGCAGAAGAAGAUCGUUGCAGUGUUGCGAGGGGAGGCCGCCUAUGAAGAGCUGGACGAGGGCUCCAUUCUGGAGGGGCUGCGAGGCAAGUGGACAGUCCCAGAGGAGAGUGUUGUGGAGGCAUGGAAGGGGAAGCUGGGAGUGAAGGGAAUGCAUGUGUCGGAUGAGGACACCACGAUCUAUGAUGGUUCCCAAAGUGAAGAGGAAGCGGCAGCUCUGCAUCAGAAAGACCCGAAGAGGAGGAAGAUGAAUGACCCCUUGGAGGAAGAGCGUGAGGGGAACUACGUGGUGGUGUACAGACGAGCUGGUAGAGGUACUCUGCGCCGGCUUGGAGUGAAGGGCUGCUGGAUGGCCAAGAAGCGUUUCUUUGUCAGGUCUGAGAUCCACAAGGAGCUUCCGGAGCCGGAAGAGUACACCCUCCGAUGCAAGCGGGGGCAGCGAGCUUGGGGGCGGAGCGCAGCAGGCGCAAGGCCAAUACCAGUGGAGGAGAAGGUGGACAACGCUGUGUCCAUAGGGAGCAUCGCACGCUUGGAAACCUGCUCGGUUCAGACAGGCGGGGCGGGGGGCGCUCACCGGUGGGCGCUCGGCAUGCCGCGUGCGGUCAUCUCGGAGGCUGAGGGUAACAAGGCAUUAGAACUUGCAGGCACUGACAUCAAGUACCUCUUCUCAAGACAUGAGGUGAGUGUUGACAAUCAGAAGCUGUUCUUUCAUCAUGGAGUGACAACCUUAGAGAAGCUGUCGAAUUUUGCGAAAGACAGAGAUGACUUGGCAACAGUUCUCAAGGAGCAUUGGGAGUUGGAUUCGGACAGGUCAUUGGAGGAGCGAUUGCAAGUGGCAGCAAUCACAUGUGCCUUCAGCAAUGCAAAGACAAGAAGUCAGAGAGCUGCAGAAGUCGACGCAGAGUACGACACGUCCCAGUGGGCCAGGCCAGUGGUGGCAGGAGAAUGGGCGGCGACGCGCUCAGCAUUGGAGAAGAAGUAUGGCCACCUGGAGGACAAGAUUUAUCCUUCGAAAGAAUUCGUCGAGAAGAAGUUGGCGGAGGUUGAAAGCGGCGAAUACCGGGCUGAAGAGCUGGCAGAAGUUGUGUCGAAAGAAGAAAUCGAGCCCGAUGGAGUCGUGCCCAUUUGGGACUCCAAGGGCCGAUUGGCCAUGCGCAAGGCAUCGACAAAAGUGCCCGAACCAGCGAACGCUGAAGAACUCAGGCGCCGCUUGACGAUCUGGAAGAAUGCGAUGGUCAUGAUCUCACUGAAGCACUCGAAUAGACAUGAACUUCAAGGAGCCUGGGAGGAGACGAUUGAGCAGUACAAGGAUUACCUCUUGGGUGACUAUGUGUAUGGGCUCAGUGCAAAAGACGCAGAAGGCCAGACAUUUGCAGCACCACCUUGGAAGUUGAUCAUCGCCUAUGAGCGGGCCAUCCGAAAGCAGGCGGUGAAGAUCACCAACACAGAAGGCAAGCCCUUGACGGUGGCACUCAAAACGGCAUGGAAAGAUGCCACGGUGAAGGAGAGGAACUUCACGACACCUUUGGCAUUGUAUGCAAAGAGGCAACGUGUUGGCUUGAUGGAGCAACCGGAGGACCUUGGGAGGACCAACUAUGAAAGGAUUCCGGGGCAGCUACCUGCACCCAUGUGGCAGUUUGCGCAGUUUCAACAGUUGUUGGAGAUCCCGGGUGUGCAGACGGUGGUAUUUGCUCAGUCAGAUUUUGGUACCGAGAGGGCACGGUCCUUCGAGGGCGUGCCGGUGGAAAGACGUUUGGGAAGUGUUGAGGAUGUUGAGAAGGAGGCUUUCCGAAUGGCGAGAGGAGGAGAGGCAUUUCAGUUGGUCCGUGAUGAGGGCUUUCUGGAGGAGAUCAGGCAAAUAUUGGCCGAGUGUUUGGGACAGCCCUUCUUCUUGGACCUCAUGAAAGGCAUUCUUGAGAAGGCGGAGGACCCGGAUUGGGAGUUUUUAGAGCAGGCAAAGACCGGGUCCGAAUGCCGGGGCCCAGGCCUUUCUCUGGUGGGUGACUUCGCAAAGGCUCAUCGGAGGUUCAAGUAUUGUGCGGAGGAGCAGGGUUUCCUGGCUUGUAAGGCUUCCACCAGUUCAAAUACAGUUUAUGUGAACAAAGUGGGCACUUUCGGAGUGGCAUCAACACCAUACUGGUGGGCAAGGUUGAGCGCAGCAUUGAUGAGGCUUGUCUAUUGGGUGUUAGGUGACUUCUUCCCGAACGACACGCUGCUGUACGCGGACGACCUUGAGGUAUUGACAAUAGGUCGUUGGGGACGCAUUGGUGGUGUGCUGGCCUAUUCUGUGAUGGCUUCCCUUGGAGCACCUUUCAAGUGGGCAAAGCAGAGGGGCGGCGUUGUUACAGAAUGGAUUGGCCUCACCACGGAUUACAGUGCUUUCUCCAUGGGCCUUUCCUUGAGGAGAGCGAGCUGGCUUGUUGACUGGAUUGGCUCCUUGAGGGAGAGAAAGGAGGUCACUUUCCGUGAGUUCUCGGCUGGACUCGGGAGGUUGGGCUUCUCGGCAUUGGCCCUCCCUUGGGAAAAGCCCCUACUUGGACCCUUGUACACCUGGGCCUCAGCUAUCCAAGCAAACAAGGGUGCAAUGACCAUCCCUUGGGCGGUGCAGUUCAUCCUGGACUGGGUGGCACAGAGGCUCAAAACAGGGGGUCACAUGGAGAUAGUCAAGAGGCCUCCAUCAUCAAGUGCCAAUACAGUCAGGAUCUGGACGGACGCUAAGGCAACGGAGCACCCGGCAUGGGUUGGGGGCUGGCUUGAGGAGUGUGAGGACAGCAUGAAGUGUCGCUGGUUUUCCCUACAGGUGACAGAAGCAAGCGCCCCCUGGUUAUUUUACAGGGGCAAGAACCCCAAGAGAGUGAUCGCAGCAUUGGAGCUCUUGGCAACCCUCAUCGCUCUGAAGUUGUGGCUGAAGAAGGCAGGUGACACGGCUGAAGUCAGAGCUGAGGCGUUCACCGACAACAAGGGCAAUUCGUUUAUACUCCAGAAAGGGCUUUCAACAAAAUACCCAAUCACCAUUUUGGUGAUUGAGGUGGCAGAGACACUACGGAGGUGCGAUGCCUUUGCUACACUCACAUGGGUGAGAAGGGAUGGCAACACUUUGGCAGACGCCUUGACGAAUGAGGAUUUCAGCUCAUUUGAUCCCCAAAGAAGGAAGGCGGUGAUAGAGAAAGAGUUGAAGUGGCAUGUCAUGGACGACCUACUGCGACGCAGUGAGAAGCUCUUCAACGAGAUCAAGGAGCACAAGAUGAAGAAGAACAGAGAAAAGCCGAAGUUGGACCUCACAAAGAGGAAGGUCAAGUUGGUGGUGGACACCCCAGAGUUCCAACGGAUGCGACACAUCAAGCAACUGGGCGCUUGCGCACAGGUCUUUCCAGGCGCUACGCACAAUCGUUUCUUCCACAGCAUCGGAACGGCCUACCUCGCGUUCCAGUUCGUCCGAAACAUACGCCAGCAGCAACCAGAGUUGCGUGUCACAGACCGUGACGAGAUUUGCGUCACUUUAGCUGGACUCUGCCAUGACCUGGGCCAUCCUUGCUUCUCCCACAUGUUUGAACACUUCAUGCACCUGCUGGGGAGCGAGAAGCGAAAGGAGGCCAGCACAAAGUAUGGCGUACUGAUCCCAGACGCAGUGGAGAAACGGAUCAGGGAGUUCGAGACAUGGGAUCACGAGAAGGCUUCGUUGGUGAUCGUCAAGAAGCUCAUGAAAGACUUGAAAGAUCAGUUCCAAAAAGAAGCCGGUCUUUGUGUUGAUGACGAGGGAAAUGACUUUGAGCUGAUUGAGGAGCUCAUCAAUCCUCCAAAGAAGGAGCUCCAGGAAUUCCUCAAAGAAGGGACGUUGAAAAAGAAGUGGUCAACCAUCAUGAAGGGCCGAUCAGUUGAGAAGGCUUGGCUCUAUGAGAUUGUGAGCAACUGGAGGACGGGGAUUGAUGUGGACAAGUUCGACUACUUCCGGAGGGACGCGCUCUUCUUGGCAUUCAGCGGCAGUGGGACCACAAUCGAUACAUCAAGUCCGCGUGGGUCAUCCCCGAUGAGCCCGGAGAGAAUGGUGUGUCGACGAUAA